AUAGUUAACUCGUUUUGAACAUUUUUGUUGCUAUUUUGGCCUUUAAACUCGCAUUGCUUUAAUUUUUGUUACCACAAGUUUUGCUAUUUUGUAUAUCUCUAUACUUAAAUAUUUUUUUGACAAUGGCUCCAUAUAAACGUGUCACUAUUCCCGAAGAACUUCAUAAAGGCGAAGUGAUACAGAACUCAUCUGUUACCGCCUUGCCGGAUUCCACAUCUAUGAAGGACGCACCACUGUUUUGGUUACUUUCCCAGUUAACAUCUCAAAUGCAAGACUUACGACUGGAAGUGUCCGAGCUUCGAGCACAAAGGAACCAGUCACAUACGGUAUCUAAGCAACGGCGAUCAAGAUCUAGACGACGUUCUAGAACACCGUCUCAAAGCCGUAACAUUUGUUGGUAUCAUAGGAGGUAUGGGCAUAAUGCCCUGAAGUGUCUUCGACCGUGUAUGUACAACAGUAGUAACUCAUCUCAGGGAAACUCCCCAGCCAGACAGUAAUGGCGACGGCUGUUAAUGGCAAUCACCCCAGUCGCCUUUUCUAUGUGAGGGA